AGAUUUUUGUUAAAAGCAGAUUGUUCGAUCCCGAACUAAAAUAACAACAACAGUGGAUCCAGAGCACACAGGCACCAAUAAGAACAAUAACGAAUCCACGCCACACGUGCCGCCGUUUCCAUACUCGGCUUCCAAGAAGUCGAACCGCGUGGAGCGCUUUUGUCAAAGCGUUCCAGAAAGUGUGAGCUGCCGUGCGACGAGAAAGUGCUCGUCGCAGAAAUUUAGAACACUCGGCUUCUUUUCCGAAAGCUAUAAAAGAGGUGUUGAUCGCAAAGCGCGGUCAUUCUCGAUCACACCGCGGAGGGAAGCCAAGCCAAUCCAAUCGGCUCUUUUCAGAGCCACCUAAUAAUUGAAAGAGAAUAUUGGUUUCAACAAAAAAAAAAAAAAAAAAAAACACAACGUAGGCCGUCUUCGGACGUAACAUUUGGUGCCGUGACCAGGAUUGGCGGGCUUCAGCACUCCUGUGAUCCGUGAGUAAAGUGCGUACGUAUUUUUUCUCACGCGUUUCGUGUCGUCGCGCAAGUGCGUGCGUGUAACGAUUAAGCGAGUUUGUGUCCUCGCGCGUGUACGGGUGUGAUAUACCACGAGUUCGUGUCCUCGUGUGUAUAUGUGCGACUCUCCGUGAGUGUGCUUCAUCGUGCGUGUGUGUGUGACUUGUCACGAGUUCGUGUCCUCGUGCGAGUGCGUGCAUUCUUUUAUUCAGCGAGUUUGUGUCCUCGCUUGUGUGGCUAACCACGAGUUUUGUGUCCUCGUGUAUGUGAUUGUGUUACUCUCCGCGAGUUCGUGUCCUCGUGUGUGUGUGUGACUCUGCAGUUGUGUGUGAUUCGCCGUGAGUUCGUGUCCUCGCGUGCGUGUGACUUUGCGCGAGUGUGUUUUCGCGCGCGUGUGUGGUUGCCGCGAGUUCGUGCCCUCGCGUGCCUGUGACUUUGCGUGUGAGUGUAGUUUUUAGUCCAAAAUGACCAAGGCGGACAAGCUUAAGGCCAAGCAGGCCAAAAGGCGAUCGCUGAUUGAGUCUAUGCGACGCUCACUGCAGUUCGCAGUGGAUUACACCCCCGAGCUACAAGAUCAAGUGCCUGAUCGUCUUGCAAGAUUGGUGAAGUGUUGGGAAUGUUUCCAAUCGAUCCAUGAAGAGUGUGAAGAGCUAGAUGAAUCGGAAAACGCUACCAGAAGCAACGAUGAUAUCCUAGCGCAAACGGAAGAUCUAUUUUUCGAAACCAAGGCUGCGUUAUCAAAGCUAGUGAAAAAGGAGAAAGAAGAGCAACCACGCUCAAAGCUCGUAAGCGUGAAACUACCCACUAUAUCGUUGCCGGUUUUUAGUGGCGAGGUAACGCAAUGGUUGUUAUUUCAUGACACUUUUGUUUCUCUUGUGCACAACUGUGACGAUAUCGCACCUAUACAAAAGUUUCAUUACCUGCGCGCGUCAUUGAAAGGGGAAGCGGCAGGAAUAGUGCACCCAAUUCCCAUUUCUUCGGAAAAUUAUACUGUGGCAUGGAAAGCUUUGCUUGACCGGUAUGGUAACAAGCCGUAUCUACGUAAAAUGCACACGCGUGAAUUAUUUGGGUUGCCUUCCAUGAUCAAUAGUGGUGCGCAAGAGCUUCGACAAUUAGUGAGCAAAUUCCAGCUGCAUAUUGACAUUCUAAAACAGCUAGGAGAAACCGUUUCGGAUGAUAGUAGCAUUAUCAUGGAAAUUUUGGCCAGCAAGCUCGACAAGGCAUCGUUGAAGGCUUGGGAAGAGCACUACGCUCAGGAGGAAGCUUUGUUAACCUAUCCUAGCAUGACAGCAUUUCUGCUUAAAAGAGCGCAAGCGAGUGAGUCUCUAGCGUUGCAGGUAGGAAAUCGUGUUAGCUCUUCCAACGCAAAGGUACCAAACCAGAAAACAUCUAAAAGGCUUAGUGUCAAUGCUGCAAGCAUGAAAGGGAACAAUGUGGUUCCUUGUGUUUUGUGCUCUAAAGACCAUUAUUUAUGGCAAUGCCAAGCAUUUCUGGAUCUUAAGCCUAAGGAUCGACAGAGUGCUGUUAAUGGCAAAGAACUUUGUGGCAAUUGCCUACAAAAGGGGCAUUUUGCAAAAUCAUGCCGAUCAAGAUAUACGUGCCAGCAAUGCAAAAAGAAGCAUCACACAUUGCUACAUUUCGUGGAAGAUGCUAAACAGCCCUGUGAAAAAGGUUCGUCUGAUUCGAGCAUUAUGGCAGCUGCGCAUGUAAAUAGUGUUGAUCGUGUAUCCAAAAACGUGUUGCUUUCAACUGUGUUGUUGGAAGUAAAUGAUGCAUAUGGACAAAGGCAUCUCGUGCGUGCGCUGUUGGACAAUGGUUCGCAACCUAACGCCAUUAGUGAGUCGCUGUGUCAACAAUUGCAUUUGCCGCGGAAAAAAGUGAACAUUUUGAUCGUUGGUGUCGACGGAAUAGAAUCCAGUGCCAAUCAUGAAGUUCGUGCAAAGGUACAGUCGCGCGUUACCAACUAUUCGGCGGAAAUGGACUUCUUAGUGUUGCGAAAAGUGGCGUGUGAUACUCCAUCCCACGAAGUCCCAGUGCAAAAGUGGAAUAUACCUGCAUCAUAUCCUCUCGCAGACCCGCAUUUCUGCACGCCCGGUCGUAUCGAUAUGAUUAUUGGAGCAGAGUAUUUCUACUCACUAUUGUGUGACGGUAGAUAUAGUCUACCAAACAAAGGCGUGCUGGUCGAAAGUGUUUUCGGCUGGAUUAUGACCGGUGACAUUCCUGCUAUAUCGAGUGAUGCGGUUCGGUGCAAUGUGGUAGCCGUCCGUCCUACGAUCGAAGAACAAUUGGAGCGAUUCUGGAAGAUCGAGGAACUCCAGGUGAGCGAAUACUCUUUUGAUGAAAAGGAGUGUGAAAGGCAUUUUCAACAAACCGUUUCGCGUGAUGGAAGCGGCCGUUAUAUUGUUCAAAUGCCCAAGCAGCCCAACUUCAAGGAAAUAAUAGUGAAAGAGUUACAGUCGGCUAAAACGAUCCUGUUCCAUAUGGUGCAAAGAGAAGUGUUUUCAGACGAUAUUCGCGCUAUCACAAAGGGAAAGUGUCUAACAAAGAGCUCAUCCAUUCGAUUGUUGAAUCCAUUCCUCGAUUCUUGUGGAUUAUUACGCGUUGGUGGCCGGUUGCGUGAAUCAAAUAUGGCAUUUGAUGGGAAGCAUCCAGUUCUUUUGCCAGCAUUUCACCCAUUUACGCGUCUUUUGAUCAGGGAUCAGCAUCAUAAAACAUUACACGGUGGAGUUACAAUGACCCUUUCGUCCCUGCGUGAUGAAGUGUGGAUUCUGAAUGGCAUGCGGGCCGUUCGUAGUGUACUUCGAACCUGCUAUCGGUGCAUAAGGGCCAAUCCAGUUCCAAUAGCACAACCUAUUGGUCAGCUACCAGUGUCACGUGUUACGGUAAACGAAGUGUUCGCUUGCGUUGGAAUCGAUUACUGUGGACCGUUUUAUUUGCGCCCAACACACCGUAAGGCAGCUUCUCCCAAGUGUUACGUGUCAGUGUUUGUUUGUAUGAGCACAAAGGCUGUUCAUUUAGAACUCGUUAGUGAUCUGAGUACCCCUUCUUUCUUAAUGGCGCUGGAUAGAUUUGUGGCCAGAAGGGGCAAGCCGAAGCAUUUGUAUUCCGACAAUGGCACUAAUUUCGUAGGUGCCAAACAUGCCUUGCACGAACUAUACGUUCUUCUUCAGCGUGACAGUGAAAAAAUCAGUGACUAUAUGGCCAAAGACAGUAUCCAGUGGCAUAUGAUUCCACCUCGCGCUCCCAACUUCGGCGGCUUAUGGGAAGCUGCAGUAAAGGUGGCAAAAACUCACUUAGUACGUCAGCUUGGUGCAGCUCAGUUGGCUUACGAAGCUAUGAUUACUAUCUUAGCAAAGAUAGAAGGCCAUAUGAAUUCCAGACCUCUUGUCCCCCUUUCACAAGAUCCUAAUGACCUAGAGGCGUUAACUCCUGCACAUUUUUUGAUGCUCAAGAAACCACAAGUAAUUCCCGAACCUGAACUAUCCCAUCUCCCGCUUAAUCGCCUGUCGCAGUAUCAGCUUGUUCAGAGAUAUGCCCAGGGUUUCUGGCACCGUUGGCGCAACGAGUAUGUGAAGUCGUUAAACGGUCAUCGCAACGUCAAACGGAGCAUUCAGGAGCUGAAUGUAGGUGAUUUGGUGAUAGUGAAAGACGAGCAAUUACCAGCAGUGAAGUGGCCUUUGGCGCGUAUAGUGGAAAAACAUCCUGGACCAGAUUCAGUGACACGUGUCGUGACUCUUCGUACAGCGAAUGGGAUCAUCAAACGUCCAGUUUCCAAAAUUUGUGCAUUGGAGUGUCAUCAGGAAGUGUAA